AUGUCUCUUCCAACACUACCUGAUUACGACCACGGCGACGCCGAUGACGAUAGUACCUACUCGAUAAUCUCGACGUCGCCGGAUCUGGACAUCGCAACCUCUCCUAGCGAGUAUGGUCACGACGAUGUCGACGAUGAUUUCGAACGGUUUUCUCUCGAUGGAGAUGGUAUUGGCGAUGGCGACGGCGUCAACUCAGAAAUCUCGUGCGGAUGCUCCACUUCAGUGACGCCAAGCGCGUACGAGGAUGAGGUAGCAUAUGGUCGACGCUACCACGGUUUCCGUAAGGGCCGCUACCCGUUGCCCAACGAUGACUUGGAGCAGCGACGCGAGGAAACAAACCAUGCUUUGAUGCUGGAACUUACUGGUGGACGACUUUUUUACUCCGACAUCGGCAAGUUUCCGCACAAAAUCAUUGAUAUUGGAACAGGAACCGGUACCUGGGCCAUAGACGUUGCCGACCAGUACCCAAGUGCAAGUGUCGUUGGAACCGAUCUAUCCCCCAUACAGCCGAAAUGGGUACCUGUAAACGUGCGAAUGUACGUGGACGAUUGCGAAGAGCCUGAUUGGCUCCAUGGCUCCAACUUUGACAUGGUACAUUUUCGCGGCAUGGCUGGCACUCUACGAGACCUGGACAGAAUGUUGAAGAGAACUUAUCCACAUGUGCGAGAUGGCGGAUGGGUAGAAUUUCACGAAUUCAUCCCUCAAAUUUUAUGUGACGACGGGACAAUGAGCGAAGAAGACCCAUUACGAAUAUUUUUCGACGCCUCGACACAAGGUCUGAGGACCUUUGGGGGCGAGCCUCUGAGAGCGCUGAAUUUGGAGGAGACACUUGUUGGCGCCGGCUUCACAAAUAUCCACGUCAUCACGAAGAAAGUGCCCAUCGCCGCCUGGCCACGAGAUAAACACCUGAAAACUGUUGGCAUGUUCACAAGGGCGGUCAUAUUGGAUUCGCUUGGUGCUCUCGCAGCCAAGCCCCUGGCAGCCCUGGGAAUAUCUUCAGAAGACCGCCGAGCUCUAGUCACACAAGUGAAACGAAGCCUGAAUGAUCGAAGAAUACACCGUUAUAUGAAGUUUGUCACUUGUUACGGGCAGAAGAAGGAGAAUCUUUGA